ACCAAAUGUCAGUAUUUUUGUGUGGAAAUAGGUUUAUUUUAAUUGUUAUCGUACAAUCAUUAUUAAGCCAACGAAUUUUUGCACAAAAACACCAACUUGUUUAGUCUGUAAAUAAUUUCACAUUGUGCUUUAAUCGAUAAGUGCGCAGUUGCACACAAUACUUACAUUGAAUUCUAACGCAGUCUUUGUACGCAUAGCGUUUUUUCAACGCAUUGAUGUCACGCAACUUAAACAAUCCACCCGUUGGACAUCGUGAUUAUGGCGCUACGUCGAGUAGUACCAAUGCCAUUAUGCCAGAUGUGAGUUUUUCGGGUUUCAGCCCCACUGAAUUCAUGUCGCUAAGUGAGGAUAUUGGACAGAAUAUCAGUGCUGUAAAUUCAAGUUCACGACAAUUGGAGAAGAUACUUAAAGUAAUUGGUACACGACGCGAACAGCAGGCUACACGUAACAAAGUACAUAAUAUACAUGCCGAAGCAAAUACGCGCAUCGAUACGAUCAGUCGUGAUAUACAACGAUUAACAGCGGUCGUUAGACGUGGUGACAAACAACAGAAGCUGCAAUUGGAGAAGUUGACCAAUGAUUUUCGCAAUGUUGUGGAGAAAUAUUCAUCCGUGCAGAAGCGUAUCACUGCGGCUAUGCGUCAAAGUAUUGAACAGUUGGGACAACAACAGGAUGAGCAAGCAGAAGCAGAGCGUGCGGAAUUUCUACAGGAGCAGGCACAAAUAACAGCUGGAUUACAAUUCGAACAAGAUAUGCUGGUGGAUCGCGAACGUCAGCUGCGUCAGAUUGAAGCUGACGUGCUGGACGUAAAUGCGAUCAUGAGGCGCGUCUAUGAUAUUGUACAAACCCAUGGUGAACAAGUUGAAAAUAUCGAAAAUAGCGUUGAAAACGCUGCUACGGACGUCGAAUUGGGACGUGAGGAAUUAGCUAAGGCCUCACAGUAUCGUCGUAGCUAUCGUCGCAAAAUUCUAAUACUUUUAGCCAUCGCUGUGAUAAUAGGAUUAAUUGUGACGGGCAUUAUUGUAGCAAAGCUAACUAGUUAAUUUGUUAAACUUAUUUGAUAUAUGUAUGUACGUGUUUAUAUGUUUAGAUGAUUACAACUAAAUACUAUGUUAUAUUGGAAAAUUCAGUCUCAAAGGACUGCUUUUUGGAGAACAACGGGCUAACACGCACACAAUUACAAUUACGACUAUACGCUUCUUCAAGAGACAUGUGGUCAUCUAAUAUUUUAUAUUAAUAUAAAUGUAUGUUUAGUAGUGUUGAUUAAAAUGUGUAAAGAUUUAAGAAACCAUAUUAAAAAUGCAACCAACGAAGGAAAUACAAAAAUACAUAUGUUUAACCAAUAAAUAUAUAUAAUACAUA